UUAAAAUACCCUUUCUUAAAAAUGUUCCAAGAAAAAAAAAGCAAAACAGUUCUAUAAUUACAAAGAUUCUUUAAGAACUAAAUGAGGAAACCAUAUACCACGACGUCGUUCUCGCUGUUACCUUAAAUCUUGCACAAAACCCUGUUGAAAGAUCCAUCACAUACAGUAGAAAAAUCGAAACUUUGGCUGCAUAUAUGGGUUUAAGAAGAAAAAAACAAAGUGGGGUUUUUCUGUAGAACGUCAAAACAGUUUUAAGUUUAAAUAUGAGUAGCAGUAGUUUAAUAGGAGGAAAAGUAUGUGAAGAAUUCUCACCAGGGUAUUAUGGAAUUUGUACAAUUGGAGGUAUGCUUAGUGCUGGCACUACUCAUCUUGCUAUCACCCCUCUUGAUGUUCUCAAAGUUAAUAUGCAGGUGCACCCUAUCAAGUAUAGUAGCAUUUCCACAUGCUUUACGACUUUAUUGAGAGAACAAGGUCCAUCGGCCUUUUGGCGAGGAUGGGCUGGGAAAUUUUUUGGCUAUGGUGUUCAAGGUGCUUGUAGAUUUGGUCUAUAUGAAUAUUUUAAGAAAGUGUACUCGAAUUUACUGGUGGAUCAGAACAAGAGUUUGGUAUUUUUCGCCAGCAGCGCAUCAGCUGAAGUAAUUGCUAAUGUGGCUCUCUGCCCAUUUGAGGCCAUUAAAGUUCGCGUGCAAGCUCAGCCUCGUUUCGCCAAAGGCCUCACUGAUGGAUUUCCGAGAAUAUAUGCAUCAGAAGGCAUCCAUGGGUUAUACAGAGGGCUUAUUCCUCUACUGGGUCGUAAUCUACCAUUCUCAAUAGUUAUGUUCUCAACCUUUGAGCAUACAGCGAAUUUUCUUUAUCGAAAUAUAAUCCAGAAAAGGAAGGAAGAGUGUUCAAGAGCUCAGCAGCUUGGCGUAACUUGUUUAGCUGGAUAUGCUGCUGGAUCUAUUGGUAGUAUUAUUUCGAACCCUGCUGACAACAUCGUGGCUUCUCUUAACAACAAGAAGGCCAGUAGCGUAAAGCUGGCUGUGAAGAAAAUUGGGUUUCUUAAUUUGUUUACAAGAAGUCUUCCUAUUAGGAUAAUGCUAGUUGGACCAGUUGUGACUUUGCAGUGGUUGUUCUACGACACCAUUAAAAUAUUCAGUGGAUUGCCAACCAGUGGACAUGUCACCAAAGAUAUAGAGGAAGAUAAAAUGGCUGAACGUCAUUCAAGAUGAAGGCUUCUAUUGAUGCACGGCAUAUGCAUCAGUGUAUGGCUAUAAUCAGCAUGCUAAGAUUCGUGCAAAUGAACAGCUGCUUGGUCAACUGAUUUAAUAAAUAAGAUGAACGAGCUAUCCUCCAACUGUUUUUGGGAAAUGCUUGAUCAUUUACCAGCAAUUUAAUCGACAUACACUAACCCAUUUUUAUCAGCAAUUUGCUUUAUUGCUGGCUGGUCCUUAGAGUAUGAGACAGACUCUUUUGAGCUACCUCAAGAAGAUGAACCAUUUUUGUGGAUAGAGGAGACAGGUUCCCUCUUUCGUACACUAACUUGUAUAGUUUGCAGAAUUUGUCUCUGUUGCCCGGAUCAUAGUUCUGGUCAUUGGGUUUGUGAACUUCUCUGAUACCAACAAAGACGUUGUUUACUGUUUUUGAGAUGUUACAACAUCUGAGAAAUAAUGAUUUCCCAAUCUCUCAUGUCUGAACCACAAUUUUGAUAAAUAGCAGCUCCAGUAAAGGGAAGCAUAAUGAGCUCUGGUCUGAUUUGUUUGAUUUCCAAGAACACACUGUGCUCAAAUGGUGACCUUAUUGUCUAUUUAGUUAUUUAAAGUUUCAAGUCAUUUUGUGAAGAUUGUAUACUUGAAUGUACAAGAAGGCUUUUUGUCUCUCUCUUCCAUGUUAGAAUUUGGAACAUAUUGACUCAUUAUGAUCUUCUAUGAUCAGUUACAAUUUGAAUAAAAGAAAAUGAUCUUGUAGA